AUGAAUUUAAAUAGCUUCUUAUACUCACUGAUAUAUUUGCCCCUAAUCGUUAUUGCAAAUAGCAAUAUUAACAAAGAUACAAAUACUUCUAUCACAUCAAGUUCUUCUUCCACCACAAGCAGUGAAUUGGUAGAGUACUCCAAUAAUAGACCAUUAGCUCAUUUAACUUUAGAAAAUGGUAUUUUGGGCGAUAUAACUGGAUUAUUUUACAAUACCACUGACGAGUUAUAUAACAUUUAUUAUCAAUACCAAGAAAAUGACUCUAGCCAGGUUACCUGGAGACAUUCUACCUCCCAAGAUUUGACCCAUUGGACUUCCAUCGAUAAUAACAACGACUCAAUUAUCUCAAUAAAUGAUAGCAGUUAUACAUUAGGCGGUGGAUCUAUGGUUAUUGAUUCUAAGAAUUCUUCCGGUUUGUUCCCUAGUAAUAUUACGGAUAGUAAUGAAAACAUUAUCGCACUUUAUUGUUCAACCUCCUCUUCUGAAAACAUAUCAUCUGUUAAUUUAGCGUACUCCAUUAAUGGUGGUUACACUUUUGUUAACUAUCCAAGUAAUCCCAUCCUUCAAUCUAACUUUUUCGCUGAUCCAAAUGUUUUCUGGCAUGAAGAAUCAAAUAAAUGGAUUUUGACUGUGUUUCAGGGUGCUGACUACGUUCUCGAUUUUUACAAUUCAUAUGAUUUGAUAAACUGGAAUAAGACCAGUGAAUUUUCCAAUUAUACCGAAUCAAAUUAUCAAUAUGGCUCCCCAAGUUUGGUCAGAAUCCCAGUUAUUGGUAUGCAAACCGUUUCAUCUUCAAAUACUACAACUGAUAAUAAUUCCACCUCAACCGCUAAUAAUUCCACUAGUUCUUCUACACCGGCCGCCAAUCAAGCAAAUACGACUGUCAUCAUUGUAGAAAAUUUUGGAACAACCACUUUGAGUCCAACUGCUACGCCAGCUCCAAAUAUUAUUUAUUAUAACAUUACAUACAUUAACAACACUAUUAUCAACUCCACUUACAUUAAUAAUACUAUUGUUAAUACUACUUAUAUCAAUAUCACCUAUUCCAAUAAUACAACUUAUAUCAACAGCACUUUUGUCAAUGGCACAUACUCUGAGGGAAGCAACAAUACAAAUUCGUUGAAUGAUUCUUUUGCAAGAGAAUGGGCUUUAUAUAGAGCUUAUCAGGCUGCCUCUGCUGCUACCAAUGACGUUACUACUACUAAUCCUGUCACCACCACAUCGAUUACUUAUAAGUGGGUUUUAUUCCGUUCUGUAAAUAUGGGAUCCAUUCAAAAUGGUGGAGGUUCCUCUGCUCAAUAUCUCAUUGGUGAUUUUGAUGGCGAGCAAUUUAUUCCCGAUGAUAGUUCUAUCCGUACUGUUGAUUACGGUAAAGAUUUCUAUGGGUUACAAUCACUUGUUAAUGCCAAUGCUAACAGCGUUUUGGGUAUAGGUUUGGCUGCUGAUUCACAAUAUUCUGCUAAUGCACCAACAUCGCCAUGGAAAAACUCAUUGAGUUUGGUUAGAAAUUUAACUUUACAAUACAAAGAUACCAGGGCCGGUUCAGCUGUUCUAACUUUAAUUGCCGAGCCACUAUACAAUGGGUUACAUAUAAAUGGUACCAGCCACACUUUGAACAAUAUAUUCCCACUAGAUAUUAAAGAAACUUUAUCCUAUGAUGUUUCCAACGUGAAUGAUACCGUUACUGGGCUAUUAGACUUCCAAGCUACUUUCCUAGUAAAUAACACUAAUGUUGCAGAAUCUGAUUUUGCCAACUUAAAUUUCAAUUUCAAAGGGUACAGUGAUCCAAGUGAAUAUUUGAAAUUCGGAUUUGAAGUUAACGACCAAGCUUUUUAUUUGGAUAGAUCGCAUAGCAAUGUUGCCUUUGUAGAAGACAAUGAAUUUUAUAGUGAUAAGAUAACGCUCAUGGUCCUUCCAUAUGCUAACACAUCAGCUAAUGUUUCGAUCUAUAAAGUUCAAGGUGUUAUUGACAAUGACAUUAUUGAAAUUUUCAUUAAUGAUGGUCAAUACGUUUCAACAAAUACUUAUUAUUUUACAACUGGUAAUAAAAUCGGUACUAUUGAUAUUUCUGCUGGUAUCGGUGGGAACACUUUUACAAUUUUAGAUUUUGAAACCAAUCAAUACUCUGCUUGA